AUGAGAAGAGGGUAUGGUCCUCCCGAGAACUCUUCAACCGAGGAGGAAUCACCAGAACGGAGUGGAAGAUCAGACAAUGCUAUGGAAGCUAAUCUCAAAGAACAAGAGGAGAUGGUUAAAAAGCUGUCUGUAAAUUGCGAAGAUGAUAAAUUGGCAGAAGUAAUAAGUGAAGCCGAAAAGACUCCCUUCACCCGGGAACUAGAAAAAGCACCAUUUCCCCCAAAGUGCACGCUUCCGACGUUUACUUCAAGGUUUGAUGGAACCGGAGAAGCGGUAGAACAUGUAAAGAUGUACAUGAUGUCACUACUCCAAUGGAAGAGCAACGACGUCGUCAUGUGUAAAUCUUUCCUCAUCGCCCUACCUAGGGUCAACAAGUUGUUCACUCUGGAAAGAAGGUUCAAGGAACCUUUGAGGUCUCUAACGGAUAGGUGGAGGAAAUUGUGUACCGAUAUCGGGAAGGCGCCAGUCGACCAACAGAUAUUCGGAUUCGAAAAUUCGUUCGGGAAGUAUGACCCUAUCUGGAUAGACAUGUUCACAGAGAAACCUCAGACGUUGAAAGAAAUGAGGAAGAUGCAGGAACACUACAUCGCAUUAGAAGAAAUACAAGAUGGGUCCAAAGACAGAGGAGUACAAGAGGCAAGCAUAACAGUAGAGGUGGCACCUCAGGAGGCAUCAAAGCGACCCGAGAAGAGAUCGGAUCCACCACAUAAAACCUCAGGGAGAAAGGAGUGGGUCGAGAAGGGGAAGAGGCCUCGCCAUGAACCAAGAAAUUAUACACCUCUGAACACACCACUAGAAGAGAUCUUCAAGGAAGUAGAAAAAAGGAAUGAUAUCAGAUACCCGAAGACCAGGGGAAUACAAUUUGAUGAACCAAAACACCAUCCCGAAUUCUGUCAUUAUCACCAGUACCGAGUCCACUCGACUAACAAUUGUCGGGAAGUAAAGGACAUAGUUCAACAUCUGAUUCGGUUUUGA